GGCAUUUGGGAACAUGUAAAGCUAAAAGACCUGGACCACGUCGCCUUCAGUUCAGAGACCCAGAACCCAGAGAAUAGCAUAACAUACCAAGAUUCCAAAUCUUGCAGACGAAGCAAACCUUCUCUUACUAAUUCUCGCUCUCCUGAAAGUUGGUCACUGAUACUCCGAUUGCGUUUUGAUCUGAGAAGUUCCGGUUGUAUUUCUUUUGUGGGUCUUCAAGCAUUUGAAGCCAUAGUUCAAAGAUGAGUCAUAAAGGAUUGAUAUAUAGCUUUGUUGCCAAAGGAGGUGUCGUCUUAGCAGAGCACACCUCUUUCUCUGGAAACUUUAGCACCAUUGCUGUUCAAUGCUUACAGAAGCUACCUUCCAGUAGCAGCAAGUACACGUACUCGUGUGAUGGCUACACAUUUAACUUCCUCCUUGACAAUGGAUUUGUUUUUCUUGUUGUUGCGGAUGAAUCGGUUGGGAGGAGUGUGCCUUUUGUUUUCCUUGAACGAGUAAAAGCUGAUUUUAUGCAGCGUUAUGGUGCAAGUAUUAAAAAUGAAGGUCCACAUCCGCUUGCAGAUGAAGAUGAAGAUGAUGACUUAUUUGAAGACCGAUUUAGCAUUGCUUAUAAUCUGGACAGAGAAUUUGGGCCAAAGCUUAAGGAGCACAUGCAAUACUGCAUGGAGCACCCAGAGGAAAUAAGUAAACUUUCCAAACUAAAGGCUCAAAUCACGGACGUCAAAGGCAUUAUGAUGGACAAUAUUGAGAAGGUUUUGGAUCGUGGGGAGAAAAUUGAACUUCUCGUGGACAAAUCUGAAAAUCUGCAGUUCCAGGCUGACAGCUUCCAGAGGCAAGGAAGGCAAUUGCGACGCAAGAUGUGGCUGCAGAGUCUCCAAAUGAAGCUAAUGAUAGGAGGAGGAAUCUUUGCUCUGAUCGUUAUACUAUGGCUUAUUGCCUGUGGGGGUUUCAAAUGUUGAGGUGCCGUGAGCAUCAAUUUUUCAACAAGCAGAUCUCUGUCCACUUGCUGUACAAAAUGUUAUUAUUUUUUAGAUGGAAACUAAUGCAGAAUCCGAUACUCUAGAACUGCUCUGUCAUGUAAUUAACUUCUGUUACCAGCUGGGCCGCUGGUUUUGUUGACUUGGUAUUUUUCACUAAAUAGUUUUUCUGCGUAAAUUGUUACUAACUUUUCUGCUUUUAUGUUCUAGUUUAUUGAGUAAUUAUGAGGU